UAGUAUAUCUGCACUACUUCUUCUCUAACUGCUAUUGAGGUCUGAAGACUAGAAACACAAUUGUGACCUUGACGCUUUUACAAAUAUUACUCAGUCUGAGCAACAACGCUGUGACGUCACUUUUCCUCGCAACUUUCUUAUUUCGACGCUGUGCUCUUUAAAAGCCAAUAAUAUUGAAAUGAUGGAACAGGCCUCCAUAAAAAGUAACACAACGCCAAAAAAUAAUGAAAUAUACAUAUGCGGGUUCAACAUGUCAAGUCUAUCACCCAAUUGGAAACUGGGUGUCUCAAUUGCUGGGAUUUUUACUUUGUAUAUAUGUUUCGGAGCUUUACAGGAAGCAAUAUUCUCUGCCAAUGAUUUACGAUCCUAUAGUCCAUUCCUUACACUAUAUCAAUUUGGAAUCUACUCAGUUUUAUCAUUUCUGGAACUACGUGCUCAUGGUUAUCUACUAUUCAACCCAUGGAUUCAUCUCUAUGCUAUUGUAGCUGUAUUAACAUUGGGUUCAAUUGCUCUUUCUAAUGCUUCAGUCGGCUUUCUUAACUAUCCAACUCAAGUGAUAUUUAAGUGUUGUAAAAUGAUCCCAGUGCUGUUAGGUGGAGUUCUUAUACAAGGAAGAAGAUAUUCCAUUUAUGAAGUAUUGGCGGUGCUUUUGAUGACGUUAGGUUUAAUUUGUUUUACAUUGGUUGAUGUAUCUAUACAGCCUAAGUUUACUUUGUUUGGAGUUUUUCUAGUUUCGCUCGCAUUAUGCUGUGAUGGAGCUUUGGGUAAUUUUCAAGAAAUUAUCAUGAAAAAGUAUGUUAGAUCAAAUUCAGAGAUUCUGUUUUAUUCGUAUUCAUUGGGCUUUUGUUUGCUGGCUUCCGUUCUAACGAUAUCCGGCAAUUUAUUACCAUCCUUCUAUUUUUUUAAUGAUCAUGCUUUACAAACUUAUGGUUAUGGUUUUAUGUUUUCAUUGUCCGGUUAUUUCGGUGUACAAUUUGUACUGUGUUUAGUUCAUUCACAUGGACCAUUAACUGCUGUUACAGUUACAACAUUUAGGAAAGCUGUUUCAAUCGCCGUAUCAUUUAUUAUGUUUGAAAAACCUUUUUCCCAAGGCCUGAGAAUGUAACAUUCAUGGUAUAACUCGAUUCAAAAAUGAAUCAUAACACAAUGUCAACAUAAAUUUGGAGAUAAAUGAAGUUAUUUAACUCUAAUAUAAAUUGCCGAAGCUAGGAGAUAAAGCGAUAUUGAGGAUAUCAGGGUAUACGAGUCCAAAAAAUUAGUUAUUGCAGUCUCGUUCAGUAAAUUUCAAAAAUACAAAGUCAAACUUGUGGAUAUGAAUCAUAUUAAUAUACAACGACACUAGUACAUAAAAUCAUGUAUAGGAUAAUAAUUAAAUGAAUCAUAACAAGGCAGUGUAAACUUCAUUUCAGAUUUUGUGAGAAAUUCGAGACUGCAUUUUGGCGCUAAAAUGUUCAGCAGAUCUUUGGUUAUGGGACAAUCGGCAUGAAUGAGGAAAGUUUCACGUGUCUGAUUAUUACAUUUCAUUAGUUGUAUAUUGUACAAUAAGCCAUAAAAAUUCUUCACUAUUCUACAAUAUAAGCCCAUACGAACACUGUUUUACUCUAAUUUCAUAUCUGUAGCACAUUGUUUUGCUAGCUUUUCUAUCACACUGGUUGUCUGGUUAGUACUCCACAAGGUUUUUGGGUACAAUUUACUUCAUAAUAGAAGAAUAUGACGACUAAUUUUAGUAAUAAUGAAGAAUAUACACUAAGCGAAUAGGACACAUUAUUCCUCGGUUCCACUCAUCUCUUAAUAUUUUAAUUUCUAUUAGCUUCACAUAACUUUAAAUGCCAUUAUCUUGUUUUAAUUCUUCUUCUCUAUGCUGUCAAUUUACGAAGCUGAUAUAGUAAUAUGAACUUAUCCAAACUUAUGAGUUCUAUGUUAUUUAUCCUAAUCAAUAAUAAAAUGUGCAUUACUUACAACGAAAUUUCGUAUUUGAGUAGACAACAGCGUGAAGCUUAUCUACUGAGGUUUG